AUGAGUGCGUCGACGCCUCGCAGCCCGCCGGCUGCGCCUGCAGCCGCGCCCCCCGCGCCGCCCGCGACGAGCCCACGCAGGGAAUGUGCCCAGAUACUGUCCACUCCAGAGAUCCAGGACUACAUGAACAGGAUUGACUAUUGUUUAAACGCUAUCUGUGCUAUUGCUACCGAGGGAAAACUAAAUACCGACCAAAAAAUUAGAAUCCACAAUUUAUGCCGGAAAGUAGGAAGUGAGACCUCACAUAUAGCGGUUCUGUACCAGGCUUUGGGGCAGAACACUAGACAAGCCUAUACCGCUCUGGAUGCAGCUCAAGAUAAAAAUAACCUGUCCCAAAAACUUGAAGAUCUUAAGUGCAUUAUAAGUGAAGCCCCAAAAUCUCAUCCCGGAACCUCCACCUUCGCCGAUAUCCUGAAAAAAGGACCAUUGCCCCAUAUCCAGCCCAACCACUCAAGUUCGGUAGCUAUCUACCCUAGUGACAGAAAUAAAUCAAGUGAAGACACUAAGUCACUAGUCCAGAAAAUUAUUAGCCCCAAUGACAUGAAGCUGCAUGUGACGGGGUUACGUAAGACGAGAAAUGGAGGUGUCAUCAUCAGCACCGACACUAAGGAGGAUAUCGAGAAAUUGAAACAGUCGAAGCAGUUGACGACCUCUGGUCUUACCAUCGAUGAGCCCCAUAAACGCAACCCCAGAGUUGCUAUCAUCGGAGUUCCUGUGAAGAUGCAGGACUCAGAAGUCUUCAACUACCUCUACCACCAAAACCUCGCCGACAAACUCCAGGAUACUACUCAAGAGACCUUUAUGAACAGCAUUAAAUUAAGUCAUAAAUCUGGUAUGAGAGAUGCUAAGACCUGCAAUUUUAUCGUCGAAGUUCCAGCACUGAUUCGCAACGCCCUCAUAGCCCAAGGAAGAGUAUUUCUUAACUGGUCGUCCUGCCCUGUGAAAGAUUUCACAAUUGUGACCAGGUGCUACAAGUGCCAGCAGUAUGGCCACGCGGCCAAGUCGUGCCGGGAGACGGUCGCUACGUGCGGCCACUGCGGGGAGAGAGGCCACGUGCAGAGCGAUUGCACCAAAAAAGCUGAGCCGCCAAAAUGUGCUACCUGCCUCCACUUCAACAAGCCCUGCAAUCACAAGACGGGAGAUGCCGAAUGCCCAGCUAAGCUUAUAGCCCAGAAACGGUACAUUGCGUCAAUUCAUUAUGAAGACGUCUAAAGGCGCCUCUUACUAAGUAGUCUAAUUUGAACUUAUUCAUGUAUGAUAUUAUGUAUGUAUAUGUAUGUACUUAUCUUAAUUAAAUGAACUAGAUUAAUUCUACAUAAGUAAUAGAACACACGGAACUGUCCUACUAACCAUAAUAAUAAACCCGUACCUAAGCUAAUUUACACGUAAACAAUGUAUCAAACUAAAUCUAAAUAGACUUGAGAAAGAAUUUUAGUAUGUACUUAAUACCUAUCGAUCUUGACCCAGUUUACUAAUAAAUGAUGAUGCGGUCACCUCUGCACGUUGUACAUAUU